CGUCGUCUUGUCCCAGCUGAGUUUGAUGAGUGGCGGGGAAAACAUUGGCUCGCUCUUCACUCGCCGAGAAAAUUGAAAAACAUUUUUACUAACAGCGCAUCAAUUUUGUUGGCUCAGUCCUCUCCAUUUCUGAAUGAGAAAAUAGAAUCGCGAUGUCUGAUUGCCAUCUGCUGGAAAAACUUUAAAACUGUAAACACUAAAAGCAGCCUGCCUUUUAUUCUGAAGCCGGAUCGAAACCGGAUAUGACGUUGUGUUGACAACCCGGUGACUUCCGAACAGCGUGGCGCCUCUCGGAAAACGACUUUUUUUUUUUUUUUUUUUUUAACAAUUUUCAUUCCCUUUCUUUCACGAUAUAUUUCCCGACAAGUGGUUAAGUUUGUGGCUUUGUCGUUUUGCCGUGUCAAAGUGGAGCAAUCAGCCUGCCGGCUCGUCGCGUGCUGAGCCAACAUGGCGGAUUGAUUCAUUUAGACAGGUGCGCGCUCUCUUCGUGAACUUUUUCAACAUGACGUCGCUUAUCGUUUCCUCUUUUGCAAGUCUGUUAUUUGUCUAAAAAGGGUUAGUGGGUCGUUCAUCGCCAGCUGACUUUGGAGGAAUGUUUGUGCUCGCGGGUCAUGCACCUGAGUCGCCUCUUGGUCGGCCUCGCGUCGAGUCGUUUAAGGAUUUUGCUUCUGGGUGCACCAACGACGAUAAAAUCGCCUCAGGCCUCCGGUCCGGGUCAGGUCAUCACGAGCAAGAUGGACCCUGACAAGGCGGCCUCAGCCGCAGCUUCCCUUGAAGCUGCUUUUCAUAAUUGUCCCCGUGAUGGAGUAAAAGAGAAACCUCCUUCCGAAGGCCCGAUUGAUCCCGAGAAGGCUUCGGAACCGGAAAGCCCGAAGGAGAAUGAAGCCCUGGAGACGAUGGAGACGGGGGCCUCUAACAAAUCAACCGCCAAGCAAGAGUCGCGCAAGGCGAACAGGAAGCGGGGCCGACGAGCCGACGGCGAGCAAGAUGCGGAGAAGACCAAAAAGAAGAAGAAGCAGACGCAACGCCCCAACUACUUUGUCUCUAUCCCCAUCACCAACACACAGAUCCGGUCCGCGGUGACUGAGGUCCAAGAGGCGGUGCUGGAGCGCGAGCCCCGCCUGGCCCGUGCCAUGAUCCCGGUCCCGACGCUCCACAUUACGCUUCUCGUCACCCAUCUGGCCCACCAGGAGCAAGUCGACCUAGCGGCGGCGGCGCUGACCCAGGCGGGGCCGUCGUUGGCCGAGCUGCUGGGAGGGGCGGAGCUGGCGCUGCCCUUCUCGGGCGUCGCUCACUUCAGAAACAACGUGGUGUUUGCCGCCCUCGCGCCCGGACCGCACACCGGCGCGCUGCGCAGCCUGGCAGAGUUGCUGUGCGGCCGUUUCGAGGAGCGAGGUCUUCUGGAAGGCGACGCUCGCGGCUUUGAACCGCACCUCACCAUUAUGAAGCUGUCCAGAGCGCCAAAGCUCAGAUCCCAGGGUAUCAAGCGCGUGGACCCUUCCUUCUACUCCGACUACACCAGCAGGUUUUUCGGCGAGCAGACGGUGGCGCGUCUGGAUCUUUGCUCCAUGCUGAAAAAGAAGCAGCAGGACGGCUACUACCACACCGAGACGUCGCUGCCACUCGGCGGUCGUCGGCGUUCCGAGCCUGACGAGGCGGAGCUCGUGAGGAUCAGCAAGCGGUUGGUGGACGAUGCCGUCAGUCGCGCCGUGCAGCAAUACAAACAGGAACGGCUCCAGAACGGGGGCGGGCCCAACGCGGGGCAGCCGCCCGGAAACCCGGACGGGGACGCGGCGCCCAAGACGAGGGACGCUAACGGCGCCGCGGACUCCAGGAAGUGACGCCAUGGGAACCGGAGCUAACCGGAAGCGCUGAGCGGGGGACGCCGAUCGCCAAAGCGUCCGGUCCGCUUCGCCGUCACGCAGCUAACCUCCAAAACGGGCCCGGCGUAAUCGGCUAAUCUCUGAGGCUUGUUGCUCGCGCUAGCUACUUCACCAAGCUGGGCUCUGGUAGCUCGGUGAUCCCAGCGGGGCCCAAAGUGUCUCACCGAAGUACACCGCAGGGUUCCCGCUACCUCGCCAAUUUGAAUUGAUAUUCUACUUUUGAGUUGGGGCGGGAUUUGUUAUAUGCUGACUCGUGAAAACCGACCACGAGACUUGAUCAGACUCUAAAGCACAACUCGUCGUUUCGUAUUCAUUUGAAUUUCGACGUCUCAAAGUGCGCUCGUGUUAAAUGUAUUCUACCGCUGUCCUGAGGGGGCAGCAGUGAGAAGCUCACCCAGAUCAAGCCGCACUAAAAACUAAAUUUCACACACUAAUCAUGUCAGCACAGACAUUUAACAAAAGCAGCACUACUACAUACACUAUUAGUUGUUUUAAAUCAUUUUUAUUAUGCUUUUUUUUUUUUUUUAACAUGACGAUUUAUUGCAGGGGAUACGCUCCAAACACAGACGAAAUCUGUGAUGUAUAAUUUCUUCUAAAAAAACAAUUUUUUUCCCCCUUUUUACCACUACCAAGUUGUUGUUGUUGACUGAAAGCAUGUCGCCCUCUAGUGGCCCGGAGACAAAGCGCUUGCCGCACAGGCACGUCGGAGGAUUUUGCAAAACCUGAUUGGAUGUGAUGAUCGAGGACAUCCACGGUGAAGUUAUGCCAACCGCGCGUCCACAAUUUAUUGAUUUGUGAGAUUAAUGAACGUUAACCAUUAAGUCAAUAUAUUGCUGUUUAAAAGAAAAAAAAAACGCAAUAUGAGGAAAUUAAGUUGCAAUGGAAAGAAUUUUUUUUCUGAAAAAGUGAUUUUUCUCAGGAAAAAAAAAAUCAUCAAAGCAUUGUAGCUAUAUUCUUGUAAAUAAAAAAAACUUUUCAUGAAAUGAGUACAAUUUUAAUGUAAAAAUUACUUUUUUUUUUUUACAAUUUUGAUGAGAACUUCCCACCCCAUAAUAGCAUGAGAAAGAAUAAAAGACGAACUAGAAUAAUUAAGAUGUAAAAUUGUAACAAUAUGCUAACAUUUAGUUUUUUGUCCAAAAGCAAAAACUGUUUGCACAUCAAGAGCUUCCUUUUUGAAUUGCUUCCAGGAAUUAUUCUUAAUUUUUAUUUAUUUUUUUCCUGGUGAGGGGUUUGUUUGUUUUUAUUUUAAAUGUUAAGAAAAAGCUGUGCUUUGCGUCACUGUUGGGUUUUGAGCUUCAAAUUAUUGUUUUUGUUUUUAUUUGCAGCUUUGUUACGAGCCACAAUCUCGCGUUUCAGAGAUUCACGCGCGACAAUUUUUUGAUUUAGUUUUGCCGCAAACUGCUUGUGACUUGGAACGUUUAUGUUGUUCAAAAGGGCAGCGCAACGUAGUUAACCGUUGAAAGUGGCCUUCAGUCCGCAUUUUGUAAUCUUUUUAUCUAUUUUUUUUUGUGCUUACCACGACGCUCGCGUCAAAGCUGGACCGGUGUCGAACGUGACACAAUUUCUGUUCUCGCCACGUGUUUUUUUUUUUGUCCCACGUGCUUUCAUCCCUCUUCCGAUGCCGUCGUAGAUAAUAAAAAAAAAAAUCAAAUAAAAUUCAUUGAUUGUCUUGU